UGCAAAACAUAAAGAUGAAGAAACAGCCUGAAGCAUCUGGAAACAUAUUCCAGAAAUUCUUUGAAAGAGCCCUUGGGCCAAAAGAUACUCCCAAGAAGAAGAAGAAAAAGCCAAGAAAUCUCACUAAGGAUGACAUGCCAAUUGUUAAAUAUAACCAAAAAGUUGCCAAAUUCGGGAAGAACCCCAAUUUAGGUAGCAUUGAGAGUGGCUUGGCUGUCCUCUCCCAGAAGAUCCUUAAGAUAAAUGAUAGCCAUUUUGAAGCUAACCAGAUGUUCCAGAAUAAGGAAGAUUUAGAUACUGCUCAUCUCAAUUACCAGGAUUUUAAGAACAUGCUUUCUUUAGAUUUUGAAGAUAAAUGGCAAUACAAGAUAGUUUUGGAAGGAGGUAUGCUUCUGUGUCAGAUGAGAGACGUCCAUCAGGAAAGAGACAACCUCGCUAAAUAUAUCAAGAAAUACAUCAAGAAAGAGGUCAGAAAUCGGAGCGAUAGCCUAGAGAAAUUAGAAGAAAUGGCUGAAAAUAUCACACCUUUUAAGAAGGAUAUUCAUAAGAAUCAGGAUUCUGAGCCAAAUCCUUUAAUACAAGUCCUUAUUGAUGUUCUGACGAAAGAGAUCAAGCGUGUCAAGGAAGCAUUCCAAGAAGCAAAAGAGAAGGUUUUAGAGAGUGAAAAUGAAAAUGAGCGAAUCAUAAAAGAGCUGGGCAUUAAAUGCAAGAAACUUGAAGUUAGUGAGAAAUAUCUGCAGAAGCAGGUCGAAAAGUUAACAGAACUAAACCUUGAGGCUGACCAGAAGUAUUAUGUACUCGAGCAAUCAAAGCAAGAGCUUAUUAAAAUGCAAAAUCAUGAUUAUGAGAGCAUGAAAAAGAAGAAUAAAAAUCUUUCCAAUGAGUUCAAUGCAUUGCAGAAGUACUAUGAGUCUAAAGUUAAGGAAUGUGAGGAUCUGGAGAAAUACAACCAAGACUGGAUCGAACAGAAUGUUCAACUGGAAAAGGAAAUCAAAGAAAAGAAUCAAAUUAUUGAAGAUAAAGAUGAUGAAAUAUACAGAAUUAGUCGGAAUUUAAAAGCCAGUAAUGCUGAGAUUAAGAAACUUCAAGCCAAAAAUGUCAGGCUAAAUCACAACAUCGGACUGGCUUCCAAUAAAUCUAUUGCUGUGCUCCAUGAUAAUCCUAAUGCUGAUUUUACUUUGUUCCAAGAAAUACACAAAAAGUUGGGGUUGUCAGAAGAACAAGGAGACAAAGAAUCUUUGAACAAGAUAGGAGUGAAGAUCUGUAGUUAUCUUGCAUUACAGGAUUACAAUGUGAUAACAUUCUUAAACAAAUCCUUCACUGGAUUCCUUACAAACAACACUCAGAUGUUAAGGUUGACAAACCAAGUAUGAACAAGGACUAACUCUAAGUACAAGAGAAUGAUACUCUCCAUGAAGGAAAAGGUUUCAUCCCUUGAGGAAGAACUCAGCAGGAACAAGAAGGUACUCUACCUAGACUAUGAAGAAUGUAAAAAUGAAAUUAAGAGCUUCCUUGCAGACUUUAUGGUAGAUGAUUAUGUUCCAGGCAAAAAGAUUAUAGAUGAAAUCGAUCAUUCUUGAAACAUGAUUAUCAAUUUUAGCAGGAUUUCUAACGUUGAGGACCCAGUCGAGAGGAUUAGAAAGGAAACAAGCAGUAAUGGGGCCGCUAAGAAAUUAGGAUUCUUUAGAGAAAGUAUUGCAGCUAUUGGUCAUAGCUUCGCUGCUGAUACAUCAAGAGAGAAAAUGGCAGAACCUCAAAAGCAAGGGAAUACUUCAUUUAAUGUAGAAAAAGUAGCAAACCCACCAAAGAAAGGACAUCGUUCGAAAGGCAUAUUUGAUACCUUAUUCUAUCCUCUAGAGGUCCGAACUGAGGAUAAGAACCCUCCCAGUACAUUUAUUGACGAAAGAGGUCGGAUGCCUUUAGGAGGGGAGCUUCAAGAACUUAAAAAGCCAAAAGAGACCAAUGAUAUCCACCAAAACGAAGAUGAUUUCUUUGGUAAGCAUCUUGAGUCACAAGAUGCUCCAUCACACAGAGGAACUGUGGUCCACAAAGACUCAUCCUCAUUAGGUGUGGCCAACAUCACAAAUCUGGAUAUAUAAUUUCAUUCUACAAAGAUAAAUCAGGUGAUUUGAAGAAAUUACUCAAACAAAUAGGAGGAAUGCUUUCCAAAGCUCGGGAUAGAAAUAACCAAGCAAAAUGGGUAUCCUCCAUCAUUGAGAAAUAUGUAGACCUGUUAUUAUGUACAGCAAUAACUAUUGAAGAGAUGAAGAAGCUCAACUCUAUCAAGCACUUCUUUGCACUUAAGAUCGAGAAAUUUGUUGAGAAAAAUAAAGAGACAGCAGCUCAGAUAUCUUCACUUGAAGCUAAAAUAGAGGAGUGAAAGGCAGAAACUGAGAAUGUAAGAGAAGAAGAAAGAAAAGCUCAGGUCAAGCUCAUGCAGAAAUCUGCUGAGUUCACUGUUCGAAUGGAUGAGUUACUCAACAUUAAAGAAGAGAAAGACAAGGCUUUCCAGAUGGCAAAGACUGCUGAGAAGAAGCUUAAAGAAAGCAAGAAGACCUAUAAGAAAAAUGUUAGUGCUUUAGUAAGCGAGAAUACUGAAUUACUCUAUGAACGUAAUGAACUUCAGGAUAUUGUCGAAGAGCUUGAGUUCAAAAUGAGAAUGUGUCUGGGCUAAGAAGUCUCUAUUGCAUAACUUUCUUCUAUAAUUCAACCCCAU